AUGGCUUCCACGAACGGCAGCUCCUCAAAUGACGCAGCGCCCUUCGGUGCGCAGAAUGCUGUGCUCAAGCCUUCAGACCCAGUGCCCGACGGUGCAGCCCCUGUCAAAGGGCUAGACUUUGACGCAUUCGCGGAUCGCAAUGUCACGGUCGCAGAGUUGGUGCAAAGCAUGACGAACAUGGGCUUCCAAGCGACUUCGAUAGGCCAAGCGGUUGACAUAGUGAACGGCAUGAGGACUUGGCGGGAUCCUGAAUCCGGUGAAAAGACUACUAUUUUCCUUGGAUACACGUCCAAUCUCAUAUCAUCGGGACUGCGCGAAACAUUGAGAUGGCUCGUACAACACAAGCACGUCUCGGCGAUUGUCACCACUGCUGGCGGAGUCGAGGAGGAUUUCAUCAAGUGUCUCGGUAAGACCUAUCUCGGCUCCUUCUCCACACCCGGAGCUUCGCUGCGUGCCAAAGGCAUGAAUCGCAUUGGCAAUCUCUUAGUGCCAAACGACAAUUACUGCCGCUUUGAAGACUGGGUGAUGCCAAUCCUCGACACAAUGCUCGAAGAACAGGAAGCAUGCAAGGGUUCGGGCGAAGCAAUCCACUGGACUCCCAGCAAAAUCAUCAACCGGCUUGGCAAGGAGGUCAACGACGAAUCGUCCGUGUACUACUGGGCAUGGAAGAACGACAUUCCAGUGUUCUGUCCGGCGCUUACUGAUGGCAGUCUCGGAGACAUGCUGUACUUCCACACGUUCAAAUCCUCACCGCAGCAGCUUCGAGUCGACAUUGUGGAAGACAUCCGAAAGAUCAACACCCUCGCCGUCCGAGCCAAGCGCACUGGCAUGAUCAUUCUCGGAGGCGGCAUUGUCAAGCACCACAUCGCAAAUGCCAACCUGAUGCGCAAUGGCGCGGAAAGCGCAGUGUACAUCAAUACCGCGCAAGAAUUCGAUGGCUCGGACGCAGGUGCCCGACCAGACGAAGCAGUCAGCUGGGGGAAGAUCAAAGCCGACGCAGCUAGCGUCAAGGUGUAUGCCGAGGCGACAGUAGCAUUUCCGCUCGUUGUCGCGGCCAGCUUUGCGAAGGUUGAGACAGAAAGUGCAGCGUAG